CGGGCCGGGCUGGGGGAGGAAGGAGGAGAAAGAGGGUCGGGGCGGUGGUGCGGCCGCGGCGAGUCUCCGGAGACCCCGAAGGCUAGGUAAACCCGGCACGCAGCCGGCGGGACGCUGGACUGGCUAGGGCCCGGGCACGGACCGCAUCGGCCGCUGGCCGGGCUGAUGCCCUUCCCACCAGGCUUGGCCUUGCAGCACCGGCCCACUAUCCCGUCGCCACCUCCAAGCCUGCGUGAGCCUCCGGGUCCCCGGCCUGCUCUCCUACUUCUGAGCAUCUUCUGGGAGCUGACCGCCCGCGGGGAGGCCGCCCGGCGCAGUAGGUCCCGGGGCGGCCUGACCCCGAGGAAGGCGCGCGCGCGCGGUUCACGCGCUCAGGCGUUGAUACCCCAUGUUAACUCAUCACCAGAAGAGUCUGGGCAGAGACUGGACUACACCGUGGGAGAAUCUGCAAAGGUGUUGCUGGAACAGACAUGUUUCUAGUUGUAUGAGGUGGCCUGGACAUUAUUCUCGUGCUCCUUACCCGUACUUCAGUAGUAGGCAUUUUUCACUAAAUUGGAGACCACCUUGUUUGUUUGAGUCUAGAACUCAGUUUCAGUACUGGAACUGGAGACCUGACAACUUGAGCCAGACAUCUUUGCUUCAUCUCUCUAGUUACAUCAUGAACACUGAGGGAGAUGAGCCUUCGUCAAAACGAAGAAAACACCAAGGCACAAUAGAACGGCAUUGGGAGUAUAUAUGUAACCAUAAUAAAGAAAAAAUGAAGAUCCUAGGAGACAAAAAUGUUGACUCCAAAUGUGAAGACAGUGAGAACAAGUUUGACUUUUCAGUGAUGUCUUAUAAUAUACUUUCACAAAAUUUAUUGGAAGAUAAUUCACACCUCUAUAGACACUGCCGGCGGCCAGUGUUACACUGGAGUUUUAGGUUUCCCAAUAUUCUGAAAGAAAUUAAACACUUCGAUGCAGAUGUACUUUGUUUGCAAGAAGUCCAAGAAGAUCAUUAUGGAACAGAGAUCAGGCCAAGUUUGGAAUCGUUGGGUUAUCACUGUGAAUACAAGAAUCGGACAGGAAGGAAACCUGAUGGUUGUGCCAUUUGCUUCAAACAUUCCAAAUUUUCACUCUUGUCAGUGAACCCAGUGGAGUUCUACCGCCCUGAUGUCCCUCUGCUGGACAGAGACAAUGUAGGAUUAGUGUUACUCUUGCAGCCCAAACAGCCCCAAACUGCAAGUGGUGCCUCUCCUGCCAUCUGUGUGGCUAAUACCCAUCUGUUGUACAAUCCAAGGCGAGGUGAUAUUAAGCUGACCCAACUGGCCAUGCUUCUGGCAGAGAUUGCCAAUGUUGCUCAUCAGAAAGAUGGCAGCUUCUGCCCUAUUGUGAUGUGUGGUGAUUUUAAUUCUGUUCCUGGUUCUCCGCUCUAUAGUUUCAUAAAGGAAGGAAAAUUGAAUUAUGAAGGACUUGCCAUAGGAAAGGUGUCUGGCCAGGAACAGUCUUCACGGGGACAAAGAAUUUUAUCUAUUCCAAUUUGGCCCCCAAACCUAGGUAUCUCACAGAACUGUGUGUAUGAGGUACAGCAGGUACCAAAAGUAGAAAAGACGGACAAUAAUCUGACAGAAACACAGCUGGACAAAACAGAGGUCCUAGUGACAGCUGAAAAGUUGUCUUCAAAUUUACAGCACCGUUUCAGCUUGUCAUCUGUUUAUUCACAUUAUUUUCCUGACACUGGAAUUCCAGAAGUAACCACCUGUCAUUCCCGAAGUGCCAUAACCGUGGAUUAUAUUUUCUAUUCUGCUGACAAGGGAGAGGUUGCUGGGCAACCAGGAACUGAAGUUGCUUUGGUUGGUGGCUUGAAACUUCUAGCUAGACUGUCACUUCUUACAGAACAAGACUUAUGGACUGUUAAUGGACUUCCAAAUGAAAAUAACUCUUCAGAUCAUCUGCCUUUACUGGCCAAAUUCAGACUUGAGCUCUGACUUUUCUUUGAUUACAUAUGUACUUUUCUUUCCAGUUUAUAUUCUUUUUCAAAGAAUGUACAGAUUUUGCAUGUUGUUCAUUUUUACACUGUGGAGUUCCUGAAGAGGUUAUGUUAAAUACCAAAUGCUUGAAACAGAUUAUCAGAAGAAGCAAGUUUACAACAAUUUUCUUUUUUAAUAAUGAAAGACUAUUUUCCUGACAAGUGAGAUCUAAAUGCUCUCUAUUGUAAAAGAAUUGUAUAUUUUUUAUUCUAAAUUCCAGUAAAAUUGACAGUGAUUUUUAAAUAUAGUGCAUCUUCUUUAGUCUUCUUAGUAAAGAAUUUCAUGUUUUGGUAAGUUUUACAGUGGAUAUAAACUAUCUUUGAGUUCUUGCAAACUACAACUCAUUUUUCUUCCUGAAGACCUGAUUUCAUUGUGAGGACCUUAUGUUUGAGUCCUAAUUAGUUAUCUCAGAAGUCAUUAGGUCAUUCACAAGUCAUUAGGUCAUUUUAGUUUUUCAGGGGGGCUUGGUAAUGCUUUUUCAAAUUGUACAAAUUGCUAAGUCCAUCUUAUUGCUAUCCUCAGCCAUGUAAUAUACCUGCAUUUUGUUGGGAAAAUAUAGGUCACUAUACAGAGAAGGAUGAGGUACUUUACACAAGCCUUCUCUUUCCAUCCUGUAACAGAUCAUUACAGGAUGCCUGAGAGAGGCAGAAUUUGGGGUUAUGCCUUUGUUUCCCUAGCAGUUUUUUUUCUUCUUUUUUUCUAUUCAGUUUCAAAAAAAAACAUCCCUGGGUUGGGGGAGAGAUUUUAUUUUAGUGGGUCAGUUCUGUAGAAAUGUAUUUUAAGAAACUUAUCUUUGGAACAAAGUGGCAGCUAUAAGUUAUUUUUGUUUUGCCUCAGAAAUUUGAAGAAGCUAGCACAGCUCUAGUGGGAGAUACCAAUUUGGAGACCUAACACUCUUAAGUAGUCAUUUUAACUGUUUUAAUGGUAAUUUUGUUUCUAAAAUGUUUUUCUUUUGCCAUGAUGCAGCAGUGUGAGGUGGUGCUGACAUUUUUUUAUAAAGUGGUUAAGAGUGGGUCUAAUAAUCCUGCAGUUUGGUUCCAUAUGAGUGUUUGAAUCAAAAAUUCUACAACGUAAAAAGUGAAAAUUUCUUCUUUUUUAGAUAUGGGGAUCAAAGAAUUAACAUGCGUUUUUUACUAAGUAAUUUUGUAAUUGAGUUAUACUGAAUUACAAGUUUUUACAAUGCAUUUUCUUAAUAGAAUACUUUAUCUUUUUUCCCCCCUCUUUCUUCCGCCUCCCCCUGCCCCACACUCUGGUUCAAGCCCUUGUUUCUCAGUCCAGUUGUAUAGGACACAGCUCCCUGGCCCAUGCUGGUGUUAUGAGCCUUGAGCUCCCUCCACCCCCGGCUGACGCAGUUGGUCACCAGUUGUCGGUCGGCCGCUUAUGGCAGCUGCCAGCCAUUCAUGGUGGCCACGGCAGUACACAGCAGGCCACGGCAGUACACAGCAGCCCUCGGCAGUUCACGCCAACCUCCGGCUGCUCACAGCAGCCCAGCUCCAGGGAGAGCUGUUGUUCACAAUCUUAGCUGUAGAGGGCGCAGCUCACUGGCCCAUGUGGGAAUGCAACCAGCGACCUGGGCCCUUUUAGUAUUGGGGAAAGAAAAAUGAAAAAAUCAUGAUUAUAGUAAUUACUGCUUUCUGUUACGUGAGUUUAUUAACAAAUAACUAUAUAUAGGUCAUUUUUGACAAACUAACA